UUUGCUUCGCUCCCUUUUCCUUCAAACUAUUUCUUUGCCUACUCCAUUCUCUCUCAUCUGCUGUGCAGAUACCUCUUUUUGCAUUAAAGGAUAUAAAAAAAACACAAACACCGCCACCAUGAAGUUCUUCGCCGCCAUCACCGCCCUCGCCUUCGCGGUCACCGUCAGCGCACAAAACAAGCCCGCCCCCGCCUUCGGCGGCAAAGGAAACUGCCUCUUCCCCAACGGCCCCACCUGCGUCAGGAACGGCAAGAAGAACGCCCAGGGCCUGGUCGAAUUCAUCGAGCCGGCCAACAGCCCCGCCACGCCCGAGCAGCGCUGCUGUCUCUUCCCUGGCUUCUGCGGCAACGGCGACGGCGGCGAAAAGUGCGUCUUUGCCGGGAAAGAAGGCCUGAAGGUCAUCGUCAAAAGGCGGGGGAGAAAAUAGACGGGCAAAAGGAACAGGAUACCCCGAGCGCUGCGAGGCAUUGUAUUGCGAGGAUGGAAGGGCGAGCCUGGCCAUUUUCCCCCGAGGUCCUAAUAACGUCGGUAAAUAUUUACAAUGUCAGCUGUUCACAAAACACCAAUCUGCA